AUGAUUAACAUAGCGGGUGUUGUUUCGAUUGUACUGUUCUACGUACUGAUCCUGGCGGUGGGCAUCUGGGCAGGACGGAAGAAGCCGGCGGGAGACCAGUCAGAAGAAGAGGUGAUGCUGGCUGGCCGGUCUAUUGGACUAUUCGUCGGCAUUUUUACUAUGACAGCUACCUGGGUUGGCGGAGGCUACAUAAACGGUACGGCUGAGGCGAUCUACACUUCAGGGCUUGUGUGGUGUCAGGCUCCAUUUGGCUAUGCACUUUCGUUAGUGUUCGGUGGAAUCUUCUUCGCAAACCCAAUGCGAAAGCAAGGCUACGUAACAAUGUUGGAUCCGCUGCAAGACUCGUUUGGCGGACGUAUGGGCGGAUUGCUGUUUUUGCCUGCCCUUUGUGGUGAGGUGUUUUGGGCGGCUGGAAUAUUGGCAGCACUGGGUGCAACACUGGUCGUUAUUAUCGACAUGGACCACCGUACAUCCGUUAUCUUCAGCGCCUGCGUUGCGGUUUUCUACACACUCUUCGGGGGGUUGUACUCUGUGGCCUAUACUGAUGUUAUUCAACUCUUUUGCAUCUUUAUUGGUCUGUGGAUGUGCAUACCCUUUGCCUGGGCCAACCCACACGUCAAGCCUCUCAGUUCUAUGGAGGUCGACUGGAUUGGCAGCAUCGAUCCAGACUAUUACUGGUUCUACAUCGAUUACGGCCUACUCCUGGUAUUUGGGGGCAUUCCUUGGCAGGUGUACUUCCAACGUGUGUUGAGUAGUAAGACAGCUGGGCGGGCGCAGAUUCUGUCUUACGUGGCGGCUUUCGGCUGCAUCAUCAUGGCCAUCCCACCAGUGCUAAUCGGAGCUAUUGCUAAGGGCACUUCCUGGAACGAGACCGAAUUUACUGGACCGCUAACUCCUGAAGGCGAUCUGACACCAGAGCAGACGUCAAUGAUCCUGCCUCUAGUGCUGCAACACCUAACACCAAGUGUUGUCUCCUUUUUUGGCCUCGGAGCUAUCUCUGCAGCUGUUAUGUCUUCUGCAGACUCCAGUGUGCUUAGUGCUUCAUCUAUGUUUGCCAGGAAUGUCUACAAGCUGAUCUUCAGACAGAACGCGUCAGAAAUGGAGAUUAUCUGGGUGAUGCGUGUGUCCAUAAUUAUUGUGGGGAUUCUCUCAACUGUCAUGGCUCUCACAAUACCUUCCAUCUACGGCCUCUGGUCAAUGUGUUCAGACCUGGUAUACGUGAUCCUGUUCCCCCAAUUGCUGAUGGUGGUACACUUCAAGCGGCACUGCAACACUUAUGGUUCCCUUGCUGCCUACAUCGUGGCUCUGUUUGUGCGCCUCUCGGGUGGUGAAAAGCUGCUGGGUCUGCCUGCACUGAUACACUUCCCUGGUUGGGAUGAGAAGAACGAAAUCCAGCUCUUCCCCUUCAGGACUCUUGCGAUGACCCUGUCGCUAUUUACACUCGCAUUUGUGUCUUGGUUAUCAGUGUUUUUGUUCAACUCCGGUUACCUGAGCCCGGAGUCGGACUAUUUUAAUUGUGUGGUCAACAUCCCUGAGGACAUUCGACGAGUCGACGAGCCUUCAGAAGCUUGCGAGCAGAUGUCUGUGCUUGGAGGAGUACCCGGCCGUUUAUACGGGGCCGCUUCCACCCUGGUCGGACCGGACGAGAGCACAGGUCGUAUUAAUCCAGCCCUCGAGACCGACGAUGAUCUCGAUGACCCCAACGACGGCCCCACUCCCCUCUUCGGUAACAGCGCCCCCUCCCACCCCCUCGGGAAGCAAACCGCCUUCUGA